AUGACAAACGCAGUAGCCUCAUCAUCCAAACGACCCGCACCUUCAUCGUCAUCCUCACCUAGCGGCAACAAGGCCAAAAAACCCAGACCCUCCACGUCGACUGUCGAUGAAGAAAACGACGAUGAAGAUGAUGGUGAAGAGAUAACUGGAGAUAUGGAUGAUGAGAUGAAAGCUAGGAUAGCGAGGAAGGAGGCGAGGACCAUCCGUAAUAGAGAGUCAGCCCAACGGUCACGUAAUCAACGUAAAGCCCACUUGGCAAACUUGGAAAGACGAGUCAUCGAGCUUGAAGCUGAAAACCGAGCUUUGAAAGGUGAUUCACCCGCCUCAGCAACAACACCCACUUCGGCUUUCAGAGAGGCGUCGCCCGCUCAAAGUGUCAUCUCACUGGCGAAUGAUCUUGGUAUCCCAACCGAAUUGGUUAAUGGGACAGGAGUGAAAUUGUCAAAUGUCGCUCCACCACCUGCUGAUUUGGGUAUCAACGAUAUGGAAGAAGAUGUCAAACCCGUCAUUAAUCAUACACCUUCACCAGUCCAUGAGAUCGUUCAACAACAAACCGUUCUCCCCAUGUCGGUCGAGAACAUCGAGAUCAACCAGUUGAAAGCUGAAAAUGCAGCUCUUCGAGAACGUGUAUCUCUCUUGGAGAACCUCGUCAAACAGGUAGUGGCAGUCGCCAACUUCUCUGGAUUACAAUCUUCCUCCACCUCUUCCCAGGAUAUCAAACCCGCCGUCAAUACCAUUGUCGAACAGCCAUCCAUUGAGAUUAUCUCACCCACCACAUCGAACAAUAUCGAUUGGGCGUCAUUCAUCUCUGCUCCAGUCGUUAUACCACCACGCACUACGGCAGGUUUAGACUCCACUCUUUCUCCACCUUUAUACCCAAGCACUCUUACCGAUAUCGCAUCUCGACCCCAAUCCGGAACUUACGGUCACUCGUUGAAUGUUAAUGUUGUUUCAAACGGAUCGAACCCCGUCGCUCGCCACCCAGCAGAGGUGGCGACCAUGUCAUCUGCUUCUUCCUUCUCACAGGGAGUGGAGGAUGACAAGGCCCUGCAGCGGGCGAGGGGGAACCAUUCGAUCAGUUCAACCAACAACACCAACACCACAACCAGUACAGUGAUAAUCGAGGAGAGAAUCCGUUUAGUAGCGAGAUUGGUAAUAGCUUUGGCUCAACAGAGAGGAUGGAUAACCCAAUCUUCAACAGUGGCAACGUACCCAAUAACAUGUGGAAUGGACAAACCGAAAACGUAUCUUGGGAAAAUGAAAUCAGCUCGUUAA